GUUUCAAAAUAGCGAAGAGAGAGGAUAGGAGACACAACAAUUGGACAUGAGCUCUUUAGAGGCAGAACAGAUGAAGUACGAUGUCUUUGAGUUCAAUUCUCAUAGAGUAGCUCAAACACUUCUUGGAUUUAGCAGUUAAUACAAAGUUUAUUAUUUUCUUAGUAGACUUUGUUGCUGUUGACUGGAAACAGCAAUACAAUGCUGCCUUGGAAGAAGAAUAAGUUCGACCUGAUCGAGGAAGACAAGCAGUCCAAGCAGAAAGGCUAUGCGGUGAGCCUCAACUACUCAGCGCUCACCUCCUUCGCCAAGUCCUGCCCCGAGAGCGCGCUCAACAGGGUGGGCAGCAUGUUCAAGUCAAAGAGGAAAAAGGUGAAGAUCACCAGCGAGGACCCGACAUACACAGUGCUAUACCUGGGGAAUGCCACUACCAUCCAGUCCAAAGGGGACGGCUGUACGGACGUUGCCGUGAGCAAGAUCUGGGGCAAAAGCGAAAUGGGCAAAAACGGCACCAAGAUGAGGCUGACCAUCAGCUCGCAGGGCAUCCGGAUGGUGCAUGUGGACGACAAGGCCAGGAGGCCGGGACACUUGUACUUGCUACACCGGAUAACAUACUGCGUCGCGGACCCGAGGCUACCCAAGAUUUUCGCCUGGGUUUACAGGCACGAAAUGAAGCACAAGGCCGUGAUGCUGCGCUGUCACGCAGUGCUGGUGUCCAAGCCGGAGAAGGCAAAGGCUAUGGCGCUGCUGCUGUACCAGACCUCGGCCACGGCCCUGGCUGAGUUCAAAAGACUAAAGCGAAGGGACGAUGCCAGGCACCAGCAGCAGCAACUCAUAGGGGAACAAACCAUCCCGUUGGUCCCCAUCAGGAAGCUGCUGAACGGACAGUGCUACUACAAACCCCCGGUGGAGCGCAGCCGGAGCGCACCCAAACUGGGCUCCAUCACAGAGGACUUAGUCGGGGAGGAGGAGGAGGAGAAAGCGAUGCACUUUGAGUGUGAGGACAUUCUGGACACGGACGAUGAUUGUGUUGCUAACGGUAAACAGGAAUUGACUCAGAUUAUUAAUGACUUGGGGGAGAUGAGCAUAGGAAACGACCUGCAGACUCUGAAAGCUGACCUCAGAGUCACCAGACUUCUCUCUGGAGAGAGUACGGGCAGCGAGUCCUCCAUAGAGAGCAACCAGGAGCCCCCUCAUCUCUCUAAUGGCUUUGAGGAGGUAAAGGUGCAGGAAAUCGCCUGAAUGUUAUAUUUCCGGGCGAGUCUCCUAUGAUGAGCCAUGUCUCCACAAGAAACAUUUUCCCUGUCUUUGUUUUGGAGAGUGUUUGUCCAACCUGGUUCCAACACGACUAAAGCUCUGGGACAAUAACAGCACGUUGACACACAAUAAGGCUACUGAACGAUACUUAAUAUUGUGUCAACCUAUGAACAAAACAAAUAACAAGUGCAUGCCCAUUUGAGAGAGGAAACGACACAAAUCCAAGUGUGCCCAGGACGCACUGCACUAAUUCCAUCUCUUUUAUUUAAGAGGAUUUGUGUAUCCUCAAGCUUGUUUACCUAACUUUACUCUCAGUGGGUCUAAACAGGCAUCCUUAAUUUUCCUGUCAGGGCGCUCUUGUUACUGCCUGUUAAUUUACUUUAUUUUGCACUGUUGUGGAAGUAUUAUGUUGACUACAUGUACUUAAUGUUUGUUGGUAUGUUGCCUAAAACAUCAAUGUCUUAUCUUUGCUGUGCAAAAGAAACACACCUUUAUGUAUUGAGAUGUAAAGUACGAUGUUUCAAGUAUAAAUAUGUUAUUUUCGAAAGGAAAAUGUGGUUUGUUAUGUGAACCUCAUAGACUUAUCAAUAAAAAAUAAAAUUAUAUGAAACUGUG